GUGGUGUUUUUAAUUUUAUCUAGAAACUGGUUUGGAUCGGUUUUGGAUUGUAUAAUUAAUAUUCGCAUGUGCUGAUUGGAUACAAAAAUGUAAAAAUCUAACCAAUGCUACAACGUGUGCUUAUUAUGUGUCCUUGUCUAUAACGUAUAAAUGCAAAGCGUGUACACAUACAUAAGACAGGAUAAAGUUGAAGAACAUUCAAAGUACACCAUGCUUCGAGUCAGCAUACAAGUUGCAGUAGCGGUUCUCCUCGCUUGCCAGCUAUUUAAGCAAUCCGAAGCUCAGUUUAGCGAAUGCUUCGAAGCCUGGUCACGAUGUUCCAAAUGGAGCAGUGGGGCCACGGGUUGGUUAUGGAAAUCCUGCACUGACCGAUGCAAGGAGCUUGGAAAAAGAGGGGGCAACUGCGUGGAAGUGAAGUCCAAAUGUCCGCUAUCCAGAAAGGCCCUACAGUGCCAAUGCUUUUAAUUGAAUUCAUGUCAAGUAUAUACACCUGACUAAGUAUAAAUGCUGCUAAACAUAAACUUGUGCUUAUUUUAGAUUUCUUUUUUAAAUUAAUACCUACCAAUGUAAAAAAAUAUUGUGUUAAUCAUAAGUAGCAGCAGCAUUUUUUUUAUUUACAGUGUUCUUAUUGAAUUUUCAUUAAAUAAAUUAACCUGUAAUAUAA